AUGCCACCAUCAACGCCAUCACAAUCAUCAAAUGGCAGGGUCACACGUCGUAAGGAGUUAAUUCCUUAUCUGCGUCGUCUAAUUUUCGGCGAGUACAUGGGAGGGCGGUCACCCACUGUUAUUGCUCGCCGCCAUGGAAUUUCAGAAUCAACCGUCCGAUACACCAUUAAGAUGCAAAGCCCUCGAGGGGUCGAUCAGGCAGCCUUACAGGAGUGCAGGUCUCCGAAAUUAUCAGCAAUAGACAUGCGCGCUAUUCUGCAGUGUAUUCAGCGUGACCCCUUUAUGUCCUACAACGAUAUGCGCCUUGAGAGCGGCAAAUCCAUCCCCGACAGAGCUUUUCUCCGAACUCUUCGUGCAUCUGGCUACGAGCGCAAAGCCAAAAAAUGGAUUCGGAAAACCGACAAAGCUGCAGCAAAACGUUAA